GCCCCACCCUUCGAUGGAGACCACAGAGAAAACGGAGAUAGGUAUUUAAAAGUUUUGAGCAAAGGGAGCGCACUCAUUAUUCAUAAUCCUGCUUUAUUUCGUCAGUACCUUUCUUGUUGUUGUAAUGAACAACUUGUUGUGAAUUCUUCACUGAAAAAGAAACACGUCUUUUGCGCCUUCGAACGGCAGCAACUUCAACAAAGUUUACAUUGACAUUUCUGGAGAUUCUUUAUGCAGAAGCCCUGAAGCUUCUCCCUCGACGACUGUGUGGUUGAAGAUUGUCCUUGUGAACUCCCGGGGAAAGACUACCCACCAUUCCCCUUGCAGGAGAAGCUGCAGGCCAGUACCACAAUGGCAGGCAGAGCCUUCAAACCCUUACUCCUCCUCGCAAUCUGUUGCUUGGCAUGUGCAGGGCCGCUGUCUCGGAGCCCGUGUGAGGUGUUACCCGUAGGGGUGAGCCAUCCUGUGCAGGCCGCAGCCAAGAGCUUCACCGCCAUGUCGGGCUGUGCCAGCCGUGGCACCGCCCGCUUCCCACAGGAGGUGCACAUCAUCAACCUGAGACACCAGGGACCCGAUGCUCCGGGGGAACCCCCCACCGAGGUGGAGCUGCAUCUGAAGCCCAUCCAGUCUCUGCUGGUCCACCAGAAGCCCCUCGCCUUCGUGCUGAGCUCCCCUCAACCCGUCGUCUGGGACGUCAAGACAGAGAAGCUCGCCCUGGGAGUCAAACACACCUUCCACGUAUCCCAAGGCUCGGCCGUCCACUUCCUGCCAGGAAACUUUUCCCUCAACUGUGUGGUCCAAAAGGAGAACCUUUCUCAUGGCAAUGAGCACCUUCUUAGUUGGGCCCGGAAGAAGUACCGAGCGGUGACCUCCUUCUCCGAGCUGAAGAUUGCCCAGGAAGUCUGUAUCAAAGUGGGAGAAGAUCCUGUGUUUCCUGACACCUGCAAGAUUGACAAGAACUUCCUGUCUGUGAACUACCUGGCUGUCUAUAUGGAGCCCCAGCCAUCCAGGGGCUGUGUCCUCUCUGGGCCCCACCCAGACAAGGAGGUCCACAUCAUCGAGCUCCAAGCUCCAAACUCCAGCAGUGCCUUCCAGGUGGACGUGACCGUGGACCUGCGUCCCCUGGAGCUGGACCUGCCGCUGCUUCGCCACAUCGUCCUCCUGCUCAAGUGUGACAGGUCCGUCAACUGGGUCAUCAAGGCCCACAACGUCAUAGGCAAGCUGGACGUGGUGUCUCCAGACACAGUGGGCUGGAGCCACAACACAGACCGACUGAUGGAUGUGUCCAAAACGCCCAAGACCCACCUUCCAUCUGGGGCCCAAGCUCUCAUUAGAUGGGCAGAGGAUCAUGGCUAUGGUCCUGUCACCUCCUACACCAGCACACCUGUGGCAAACCACUUCAACCUCCGGCUUAGAGAGGCUGAUGUGGGGGACCUUUCCGAGGGCUUGUUCCCCCCGGAGCUCUCCAUCCUUCGGGAUGCAAACCUCCACCCAGGACCCAGGUCUGCCGGCCCACGUUCCAGCCUACCCUUCCCCUUCCCUCCCUCCCUGGACGAGGGCCUGCCUUUCCUGCGGCACCCCUCCCUGGACGAUCGGCCCUGGCUGGGUGAGGAGCCUGAGGAACAGCAGGGAGUCGUGAGCGUGGGCCUGGCCGUGCAGUGUGAGGAGAGCAGGAUGGUGGUCAGCAUCGCCAAGGAGAGCCUACAGGCCAAUGGUUUUGGCAACGCCAACCUCACUCUUCAAGACCCGGCUUGUAAAGCCACCGUUAACUCCACCCACUACAUCCUGGAGACGCCCCUGAUUGGCUGCCAGACCACCAUGUACCCAAUCCACCACAGCCCUGUCGUGCUCUACAUAAACUCAGUCAUGAUAAGUCCAAAUGAGCCCAAGGAUGGGAGCGGUGGACCUCCAGACGAUGAUGAUUUGGAGUCGGGGGAUGUGGUUUAUCCUGGAGACACAGAAGAGACGGACAAAUCUUUCCCAGAACCCCGUGAUCCCCAGCCCUUUAUACUGUUCAACUGCACGUACAGAAACACCCAGGAAACUCAAGAAUCAGGACCUUUCCCUGAGAUUGCGAACAAAGCCGUCAACAAUGUGGGGUUCAACAUAGAGCUGUACAACGACCACAUGUUCCGCUUCCCGGCUCCUCAGGCUUUCUACACCGUCUAUGAAAAUCAAGAAGUGUUUGUGGAGAUCAUAGCCACCAGAACAGAUCCAGACCUGGACUUCAUGAUCCAGUCCUGCUUCAUCUCCCCUGACUCCAACCCCAACAUACCCUCCAAGUACCUCCUCAUCGAGAACAUCUGCCCCAAGGACGACAGCGUGAAGUACUAUCCACAAGUACCUCACUCCCAGGUGGACCGGAAAAGGUUCGGUUUCACCUUCAACUCCAAUUUCAACGAGUCCUUCCUGUUCCUCCACUGUGAGAUGUCCCCCUGCUCUAAGAAGCUCAUCAGCAACCACCAGCUACCAGUGUGCUUACAGCUAGAGCAGACCUGCCCGUCGGUCGGCAUGGGUGACACGUCGGUCAGCAUCGAGGUGAUCGUGGCCAUGACGAUGAACAGCAAGACGUCCUCCAGACCCCUGGUGGUCGUGUCUGACGACCCUCCGGAGCACCCAGAUGAACCAUCCCCCCCGGAAACACCAAACCCUCCGGAUCCUCCACGUGAACCCAUGUACGGGUUGGACACUCCGACGGUGGUCGGGAUCGCGUUUGCCGCCUUCGUGAUCGGCGCCUUGCUAACGGGAGCCCUGUGGUUCAUCUACUCUCACACAGGUGAGACAGCUGGGAGGCAGCAGGUCCAGAAGCCCCUUCCCGUCUCAGAGAACAGCAGUGCGGCCCACAGCAUCGGAAGCACACAAAGCACCCCCUGUUCCAGCAGCAGCACGGCGUAACCCAGGGCGACCCAGCGGGACGCGCCCCCCGCCCCCCACCAGGGCACAGGAAGGGCCACACGGGUCAUGGGGACUGGUUUGUUGACUUUGGUUUCCCUGGAUGAAAGGGAUUAUUCUGGGAUGCUUUGUGUUGAGCACAGAAGGAGGAGGAUUCAAAGAAGAAAAUUACAACACGGUUUUUCUCGACAUACCAAAAGAAUAUAGUAAUCACCCCUGACAUGCCCUUUCCGCCAUUGCAAAAGAGACGUUUAGAGUCUCAUUACAUGACUACUGUACUGGUUUGACUGGUCUGUGAGCAGAACCGCCCAGAAAGGCAAACAUACAUCAGAUCUAGUGCUAAACUAACCCUUAAAAGUGAUUCACGUUUGUUAAAUUCCAGCCAGUUGUCUCCUGUCCAAAUGCUGCUUUUUAAAACUUUCAACCACAACAGAUCACUUUUGUUCUUACCUUAAAUGGUAAAGUGUAGGCUGUAAAUAAGAACAAGUGUGCCACCAGAAGAAUCCAUAGCGAUGAGGUUCUUUGCGCAGACUAAGUCAGUAUUAUCCAGUUGUAGACUGUCGUGAGUACGGCCAGCUUAUCUCAUGCUGUUCAAGUAGGACUAGGUGAGGAUCCAGUCGACCACUCUAUCAGAGAGUAGCAGACAGACGCUUCUGAUGGUUGUUAUGGAGAGAGAGGCACAACAUGGCUUCACGGCAUGUUUGGAAAAUCACUCGCUAUGUGAAGAGACCACAAAACGCCAGCACAGAUGUUGAAUGUAUAGAUAGAUGCUCUAGAAUGUAGAAGAAGAAAAUGUGAACUCUAAUGAUGAUGAGGAUGAGGAUGAGGAGGAGGAGGAGGAGGAGGAGGAGCCUGUAAGAAAGAUAGUUAGUCAUAUUAUAAUAUAUAAGAAAGUCAUCCUGUAUUAAUAGCAUAAAAUAGCGACAUCUGUCAGUCUUAAGGAUGUUUUUUGAACACCAGCAGGUGUAUGGUUAGUGGAUCUAUUUGGUUAUAGUGAUAGUGAUGCCAGUUCUAAAAUAUGUCUAAACUUCAAGUUUAGAAGGUGUUAUUGUACAGUACUUUGAUUCACAGAGACAUUAUGACGUCCCUUUAUAUCAUUCCAUAUUAUUCAAAACAGCCAUUGAAAUGGUAUGUAUAUUUUGUAAAUAUUGUAAAAACAAAACAAAAACACAGAAAGGGUUUAAAAUCAAGUUUUUUCUUUGUGCUUUUUAUGCAAUGUUUUUUUUUAUUCGUUUUUUAUUUUAUUCUACAGCCAUUUGCCAGUAGUCGCAAAAUCACAAUCCAAAUUUUCAAUGUGAAUCCACAGUAGGGUUUCUGUAAAGCAACAAUACUGAAACACAAAUAACUUGUGGCGAACUACCGUGUUAUGAUUGAGGGCAUUACAAGUCCUGCAAAAAAACCUAGUUUCUCAUCUGGGUCCUAAACCACUAGCACACUUUCAGCUGAUGUAAAUAAAGUAUCAAAACCUUUGAGCCACCAUUUUGAGUUUUUGAUAAAUGGUUAGAAUACUGGUUUGGUUUGGUGGUGGAACCUCUUUGUUCCUUCAGUACUGGGGCAGUAGAGAUAAUUGUCGGCUCUAAAGUAUAUUUUAAAGCGGGAUCGAUUGGUAGACUUAUGAUCUUACACGUGUACAGUACAUGUCUCUACUACAUUCCUUUUCUCAUUGCUUGAAACAUAUUUUGAUGUCCUUGUUUUAAGAAGAAAUUGAAAGUGUCGAGUGAGACAAGUAGCCUACAUUGUAAAAUCUUAAAAGUUACGUUUACGCAAAUAGUCUGUUGAACUUAAUUAGAGCCUUUCCAAUUUCAGGCAAUUUCAACCAAACCAUUUGAGUCAACCUAACUUUCAGGAUUUUCAUUUAAAGUGAGCAGUUUUGUGUGACGUUCAUCCCAUCGUCAAAUUAAUGAAUGUUCCUUGUUGUGCCGUAGCAGACGUGUAUCAAUCACCCACAUGUUUAGACUUAUAUGGAUAGGUUUACAUGAGCGUGUUCAAAAAGGUUUAAAUGUACAUGUUUGGGUACUGUAGGUAUCAAUUUAUAUGUUAAAUCUAAAUGUUUAGAUAUCCUUGAAUUUUAAAGUUUGUUUUAUGAAAGGAAGAAAGGGACUGUUUUUAAUGAAUUCAAGGAAUAGGUAUUUCAAAAGAAAAUUACAUUCAGUACAGUAGACAAACUUUAUUCAGAAACUUGUGUAAAUACUGGUUGCAAAACAGAAUGUAUGUAAUCUCAAAGCUUUUAUAUUAUUGUGUUUGUUUUAUGUAAACAUGUAUACAAUAGAUAGACACUCAAAAAGUGAAAAACAGAGUAUAAAUAUAUUAUUUGUCUAUAAAAUUAUAUUUUGAAUAUAUUUACCAAGAGUCAAACUUUAGUCUCCCUGUACUGUGAAUUUUGUAUGCGCUACUUUUUAUUUUUCAUAAAUGUACAUAUAACCUUUUGCUUAGAAAUAAAUAUUAGCAAUUACCUUUAUAUGUAAAGUUUUGAUUCUGACAUCUCCCAAGCCCAACAAUUACCCUAAAUUAGAAGAUUAUAUUAAAUGAAAUUGAAAGUAAUAUAUCUUUAAUAUGUAAUGAUAACAUGAUAGAUUCCAAUAAGAAAUUUGCAUAUAUGAUGGUGUUACUUCAGUGUGAUACUGAUUAAGCUCAUUUAGCAUAUUACUUGUGGUUGUUACAGUACAUGUUUUCUAAAGGAUUGUUUAAAAUGCCUUUUACGUGGGAGUAAAAGUUACCGCUCAUCAGUGGACAUUUGUGGAUUCAAUUAUUUUCUCUUUUUUUCUGCAUUCCUAUGGGUUAGUGGUUUCGCUUAUAGGUUAUUUCACAUUCAUCCAUACAUUUCCCUCCUCUGUGAGGCUUCAUUUGAGUGUUUGUAAUAGGGAUCUUUCUUCAAACACAAGCCUCACUUCACACACUAGUCUCUCAGUAGCUGAGGAUAUGUUGGAGAAAACUGCUUUAUUGGAAUCAGAAAUCCAUACUGUAGACCUCCUCAACAAGAGCCUUAAAAAUAGAUUGUAUUUCUUUGGGUUUAUUUUCUGAACUUUUGUCUACCUCACUGUUGUCUGUAAACGUUUGUGUGUGUGUGUUUGUUCGUGUUCUGUAUGUUUGUGUGGAUAGUAUACAAAUGUGAAUGUGUGUUUGUGUGUACAUGUAUGAGUUCUGUUGAAAGAGAGAGUGGUGGAGAGAGGUGGAGAGUUGAUUAGGCUCUAAAGCUACGUGUCUAUGCUUUUUUAUGCUACCUUUGUAUCUAGAUUGAGCAAUCAUGAAACAACCAAAAAUUGUAUUGACCUUAUCUCAGUACACUUCAACCAGUCGGUUUUGCCAACUUUGUCAACUUUUUCUAAAAGAUUUGCUGUAAAUACGAUGCAUGAUAUUUGUAUACUUUUAUGCUCAAUAAAUUGUUAUAGAUCAACAUUCA